AUGACUUCCUCACCACUCAAAGUCGGAUUAAAAUCGACUGUUGAUGGUUUUCCAGGCGAUUUUCAAACGAUUGCCAUAAACAAUAACACUGGUGGCAGAAUGGAGAUCUCUUUCCAUCGAACGAUUCGGAUCCCGGAUGACGGCAAGAACUACCAGCUUCCCCCCGACCUCGGAAAAUUACCUAUAUUCUCAAUAGAUGAUUAUGCAGAGAAGCUACCUGUCGAUAUCGUUAGGAAGGGAGAGCAUGAGGCUCUGUGGAUCAGAUUUCAUGCCUACGGGACUUCGCGAUUUGCAGUCAAAGUCUUUGUUGGUGGAAUUAAUGCUGUGUCAGAAGAGAGCAAACAUUGUGAGAUGGUACCUGUGGAGCCCAUAGCUGGAUCAGACGGAAAGCAAGAUUAUCUUGUGGUGCCAGGACAGGAAUGGCUUGACGGCAUUGUCGGAACUAAUGGGACAGUCAUGCAAUUUGUCGUAGUGCCUACUAGGUCAGGAUACUCCGUUGAAGCACAGAUCACGGGUGUUGACAAAAUUGUUGGUCUUCAGUUCGAAAUCAUUCCAUUUCGCGUAUUGCCUCACUUUGAUGGCAUGAUAAUCAUCAAAACUCUGUGGGGAUCGUAUGCAGGGCAAAAAAGGCAUACCGCUAGAUCAGCAGCGUCUCAUAUUCAUGGGAAGAAGCUUGAAGAAUACCACACUUACGAGAUAUUAGUAAUGAAGAGAGACGCCAAAAAGAUGGAAAAAGAAGAAUACGACGAAAAUUAUGAGCUGGAAUUGGCCCCCGGUGGUUCUAUUCAUCAAGCAAUACGAAGAGACUACUUCCACAAAGACAGAUAUGACGAAAAGAAUGCAGUCAUGCUCAACGUACAAUUCCUUGCCCCCAAAACAUUCCACUUAGUCACUGGUACACCACCUCCUCAGGCCCCAGGUUCUGCCGAAACCGACGCUAGACACGGACAUCCAUUCUUUGAGAUGUACAACGAGCCAAAAGCCAAAACGGGUACUUUCGGAGACCUUCUGAAAAGGAUGGGGAAUGUCGACAAGGAAAAGAAUGUUAAUUUGGAAGUCCAUCAACGAGAGAACGGUUUGCAUUUCAGGAGUGUGAAGUUAACUACGGUGGAUAAGAUGUGCCGAUUUUAUACUGCAUCGGCUGUCCGGAAGCUAAAUGCGCAGAAAUGA